UUUCAUCACUGCCACUCUUUCUUCUUUUACUUCACAAUUCUAAAAGAAAGAAAUUAAGUAUUCUUGCAGUGCUAAAAAUUGUUAUUAGCCAAGAUAUUAUAAUUUAUGUCUGAUUCCACCCGACCAGGGGAUGAGUUCAAGCUCCUAUUAUCUAGCUUCCUUGUAACUUCAUGCUUUGGAUUUUCUUCGCUUUUUAUAUUCAUGCACUUUUCUGUUUCUUUCUUUUUCUCUUCCUUCUUUUUCGUUUAUAGCAAAAGUGUGUGAUUCUGUUCCAGUUAUGGUAAAGGUUCCCUUGAACUGAUAUGAGAAAAUGGUCGCAAAAAGAUUCAUCGUCUCCCUCGUCUGAAAAUUCAAUAAAAGCAAUUGAUGAAGGUGUCUUCAAUGCAAAAAGUGCAAGGUUGAGUUCACCCUACUCCUCAUGUACUUUCCAGUUCAAAGGGAUUCUGCUGUGAACAAUUUACAACCAAAUUUUGAACAAAGUUCUUGUCUUCGUCUUCCUUUAAAACGAGUACACAUGAUUAAAAGAGCUGAAUUUUCAAAGGCUGCUUCUAGCAGCAAAGGUUCUGAGCAUUCCUCAGUGAUAAAUUCGUGUAAUGGAUCAGUCGAAAGCCAAAACCCUUUGAGUUCUGAUGCAUCAAACCUUGUUCCUGAUGAGCAAUCUCCAGCUGUUGGUCAUAACAGUGGUCUUGGUGUUCGCGGAUCUCGGGGUCUGCAUCGUAACCAAAAAUCAAGCUCAGUAGGUUUUGAAGGAAAGGGAAAAGCUGAAACAAAGUACAGUGAUGAAGCCUUGUUAGAAUCUUCUUCCGUAUGCUCUCUUGGAGCCUCAAACAACAGAAACGUCUGUGGUAGGAAACAUGAUGACAUCGAUGACUCGGUGCAGAACUAUGAAGAAGCAGAAGAUGUAGUGAAGGAAAAGCCUGCUCGGGAAGGCACAGGAGUGAAGAGAAGUAGGAAUGCAGAAGCUCAUAAUUUGUGUGAAAGGAAACGAAGAGAUAAGAUAAACAAGAGGAUGCAUAUAUUGAGGGAGCUCAUACCCAACUGCAACAAGACGGAUAAAGCUUCAAUGCUUGAUGAUGCCAUUGAAUAUCUUAAGACCCUCAAGCUUCAGUUACAGAUUAUGAAAAUGGGUGGCGGAUUUUGCAUGCCUUUUAUGAUGUUACCUGGUCAUGGUAUGAUGAACGCACCCCAUUUGCAGCAGUUAAUGGGAGUUGAAAUGGGGUUAAGGUCAGGCACAACCAUCCCUUGCAAUCUGCCUCAGUUCGCUACGACACCUUUGCCUGCAAUCACUGACAACAGAGUUCAUAUGUUCCGUUUCCCAAACCAAGUUCCGACCAUGCCCAUUUCUCAUGCAUCGUUCAUUCCAAUGGUUGGAAAUCCUCGUAUUCCAACUGGCACAGCUACCAACAGGGCUGAAAACCCUUCCCACCAGUUAACUACUCUAUUGGCCUCACUCUCCAAGAACUCAUAUCUUAAUGGACAAACUGAACUUGCAACAAAACAACCAUCGAAUCAGGUUUUCCCUCACCAGUAGCCAUUAAUUUGUACUAACCAUGACCAUGUCGAUUCACAUAAAUAUGGUGGGAUCGGGGUAACUUUCAGCAACUGCACUCUGACUUUAACAGUUGGAUAAUUUAUUGCUUUGAAGCACACUGAUGGAAAUGGCCAUUGGAAGCGUCUAUAUUAAAGUAUCGUUCUUAGUUAUCAUCCGAUAUUAUUUUGUGAGAAUCAUUGAAAUUAAUUAAGUUGUAGAAUAGCAACCAUUGCCUGGUGCUUCAUUCACCAACACCAGCAUGCUAAGGAUGAACGAAAGCUCAAGUACAAACCGGAUUCUAUAUUUAUAAACAGGAAAAAAACAUGUUAUUUAUAAGCUUGAGAGAGCAUGAUGAUUAAAAAACUUACAUAGGACAAACAGUUAUCCAUGAUUUUUGUUCUGUGGCAAUGUUUAAACGACAAUGCACUGGUGUGGAAUGAGCAAUAUUACCAACAAAAACAAUGUUAGGUAGUUCGGAAAAAUAAAAGGUAGAAUAUUGGUUUGGCUGUGACAAUGAGUAAAUCGUAAAUAAUCCAACUCGGAAUCGUGUAUGCUCUUUUGGGUCGUGCUCAGUAAAUUGGGCUCCUAGGCAUGUCAGUUUUGGCUGUUGC